GCCAGAUCGCUUAGUAAAAGUGUUCCAAGAAUCGGAUCUCGAGUUUUUCUCCCUGCAGUAAGUAUGUUUAGAGAAGUAGUACAUCAAAAAGUAUGUUUAGAGAAGUAGUACUAACUUAAUCCUGAAAAAUUUCGUCUCAUUGCAAUAUGUCAAUCCUAUACCCAAGCUUUUGAUCGGACAGUAACGAUUUUUCGAUCGGUAAAUUUGACUCGAGUGUGUAAGUUUGAAAAGACAGACGUAUAUUUCAGAUACCGUGUUACGGAUGCUAUGAAAGUCUAUUUCGCUAGUCGCCACAUAUUCAUUUCCGAAAACAAGACUUGUAAGAAAUUGCGUUUUGGUUUUGCAAGAAUGAGGGGAAAAUUAUUCAAAUUAAUGUGGCAAAAUGAUCGGCCAUAUAUCCGCGCAGUACAAUCAAUGCAUGGCCAGCCUUAUUACAUUCUGCUCGGUAAAUGGUCUAUGGCCGACUGACCAACUCAAUAUUACCUGGAGUUAUAGUUUAAUUACUGAAAUUGAAGACGAAAAAGUAGAUUUUGGAGUCAGUCUGAGGGCUGAGUCAUGCAUGUGCGGAUUUUGAGGGGAGGUGUGCACCUCCCCUGAGAUCGUUUUGCACCUCGCCUGGGAAUUUUUGCAUUAAUACACUGAUACAUAUAUGUACACUACAUGCAUACGUCACGUCGUUGACGUUGGCCCGUUCUAAGCCCUAACUUUCCACCUCCUUCACUAUUUCCACCAAAAUCCGACAGUGGCCAUUUAUUCUUUGCAGUAGCGUACACUUUGUCUUUGCGAAAUAUUAUGGUGGCUGGUCAAUUGAGGUUGCCACAAUAUCAACAACGCUUUUUGUUGCUGGAAAUCUCUGCUCUUUUAGCCCCUUACGGACAGGCAAUUUUCUCAUGACAAGUUUCCUUGACACUUUUUAUUUGCUCGUAUGCAGCAUGUACGGCAAAAAAUUGACAAGUUUUCCUUGCCAAGGGUCCUUGUUCCAUAUAGCUAUAGUCAUGUCAGCUUUUGGAGAAGGAAAAUUUGUUCGUGUGUACUACGGCCGCCAAGGAAAACUUGACAAGUGUACAAGAAAUAUUUCUGUGGUUUUGGCAAACAAAAGGCGGCCUUGUCGUGAGAUAAAUGUUUAACAACACUCCCUGCACACGAGCAACAAAACUUUGUCAAUGGAAAAAUUGUCAAGGAAAACUUGUUGACUGUACACACGAGAAAGUAAACUUGUCAAUGGAAACUUGUUGACUGUACACACGAGAAAGUAAACUUGUCAAGGGAAACUUGUUGACUGUACACACGAGAAAGUAAACUUGUCAAGGGAAACUUGUUGACUGUACACACGAGAAGGUAAACUUGUCAAGGAAAACUUGUUGACUGUACACACGAGAAGGUAAACUUGUCAAGGAAAACUUGUUGACUGUACACACGAGAAAGUAAACUCGUCAAGGAAAAAAAAUAUAUAUUACUUUCUUUAAGGAGGGAGAUGUUAUAAUUAGAAUAUUGUAAUUCAGUAAAUAGUAAUUAGCAAUGCAGACUGUGGGCGUACCACAGGUAUAUAAUAGCUUGUGCACUUAGGAAUAGGGUCAGUUUAAUAAAGUAUAUAUAACGAACGGGUUCAUGUUUCAAAACAAAGGACAAGGGAAACUUGUUGACCGUACACACGAGAAGGUAAACUUGUCAAGGGAAACUUGUUGACUGUACACACGAGAAAGUAAAUUUGUCAAUGGAAACUUGUUGACUGUACACACGAGAAAGUAAACUUGUCAAGGGAAACUUGUUGACUGUACACACGAGAAAGUAAACUUGUCAAUGGAAACUUGUUGACUGUACACACGAGAAAGUAAACUUGGCAAUGGAAACUUGUUGACUGUACACACGAGAAGGUAAACCUGUCAAGGGAAACUUAUUGACUGUACACACGAGAAAGUAAACUUGGCAAGGGAAACUUGUUGACUGUACACACGAGAAAGUAAACUUGUCAAGGGAAACUUGUUGACUGUACGCACGAGAAAGUAAACUUGUCAAUGGAAACUUGUUGACUGUACACACGAGAAAGUAAACUUGUCAAGGGAAACUUGUUGACUGUACACACGAGAAAGUAAACUGUUGUCUUGUCUUUUAGGUGUCAUGCAACAGUUAUCUAAAAAGCUUACAGCAAGCAGACUUUGAUAUUUUCAACUCAAAACUACAUCAAAGAAACAAUCUUCUUCCAGUCUUGCUACUCAAAGCUUUGUGGAGCAGAAGGUUCUGA